AUGGUCUUCCCUGUUAGAAGAGUUUGGAUUUCUCUUUCUGCCCGUGUUAAGUCUCGCAAGAACGGCGCUGGGCUUUUGAUGCUUCGGGAUGAUAUACAAACGUGUGGAUAUGAGGACGUUCAGGUGAUGUGGGAGAUGCUUAGGAGAACAGAAUCACAGUCGAUUCAACCUAAACGCAAGCAACGACCAUUUUGGAGGAUAUUUGUAUGGUCUAAUCACACUGCUGCCUCAUCUUUAGCCAGAAAUCAAGCCUGA